AUGGAAUCUUUGUUAACUGAGUCAUCAUCAUUUUCUUCGUCAUCAGCAUCAUCUUCUUCAUCGCCAUCAUUGCUAUCAUCAUUACCACAGAGAAAUGAUGACGAUGGCGAUGAGGUUAUUAAAGUUCCGCACGAGAUUAUGGGAUUUCCGCUUGGUUUCGUUAUCGAUGCAGGCUGUUCGGCUGUCAAAGUUUUGUACAGAUCAUUAGAAGAUUAUAAAGAUGGAAAAUUAUUAAAGCCUUCAGAUAGUGGCCUACUGCAUCUCAGAUAUUUUAACAUGGAGGACGUGGAGAAAAUAAUCGACUUCCUGAAAAACAAUUGUGACGUCAUUUCUACCGGAAACGGAAGUGAAUGCGAUAGAGUCACGUGGUACAUGACAGGGUUGACGACGCAGUACAUAAAGAAGGAUUUAGAAGAAAAUUUUGAGAUCAAAUGCUAUCUCUUCUCUGAAACUGCGGCCCUGAAACGAGCCCUAUCCGACCUGGACACCCUUAACUUAGGGACGUACGAUUGCCAGCUAAGCGCUGUUGAAUACGUGAGAGAAUACAUUAAGAUGCUGUUUGUGGCCAUCAAACAAUGGGAGGCCACCGGCGAAAACGCUUUUAGUUGGGCCAAAGAUAAUGAAGCUGGUAAAGCUGCUGCUGCUGCUUCUGCUGCUGCUGAUAGUGGUGGUAAAAAUAAUAGUGAAAAUGGUGGUACUUGUGGUAGAAAGGGUGAUGGCAAAAAGGAGGGUGAGGAUGAAAAUGUUGAUGAAGAACCAAGGGCAAUAGCUAGUGGACCGGAUGGGGAUGAAGAUGGGGAAGGUACAACUAAACGAGAAACUGUUGAUAACGGCCAAAAUGACCAGCCAACUUCAGACGGAAAUGUUUGUCCGGUGGUCCAACUAAUAACCGAAAGCGACCUCCAGGGAUGGGCGGAUAAGUACUUGAAACCAACCGACCGUAGAUUAGCAACACCCUCUCUCAUUCUUCUGUUCGGAUCGUCUGCUAAAUUUUUGAUGUUGGAUGAGAAGUUGAAGAUGCGAACGGUCGGCCACAUGCCCAUGUCAGGGAAGACCCUCUGUGGAUUGGCUGAAGAACUCCUCGGUGAAAAGGAUUUCGACAAAUUUAUGAAGAUGGCAGAGGAUGGCGAUGCUGAGAGGGUGAAUACAAUGGCGGGAGAUUUGAGAUGUGAGGAUCACAAGGAUGAAGACUGGUACGCGGCCUUCCCGGACAACCUGCACGUCUUUGACCUUGGGAAACUGUCAUCAGGGACUGCCAACGGCAAGGGCAAAUACAGCAGGAACGAUUUGGCGGCGGGCCUUCUUAGCUACCAGUGCAAAAUGAUCGGCAAGUUUGCCUACCUGAAUAGUAGGGCCCUCAACGUUGAAGAUGUGUACAUCUGUGGUUCACCCCUUAGGUACCAGCUGGCUAGGAAGAUGGUUGAGACGAGUUUCUUCCUAGAUUCAUUUACUAAUUGUCUUAUAAAAGGUCGCAUAACCAGGCUGCACUUCAUACAACACCCCGGAUUUCUAGUUGGAUUGGGACUAUGGCUGACCAAUUUGGAUUUGUACGAUGAGUCGAAACAAAGACAAUAA